AAUUUACUGAUUCAGGAUGUAAGUAUAUAUAAAUAUGUACGUCUAUCUGCAAUGAACAGGAUGUGCAUCAACAAUCUCUGUUCGAAUUUUCCCAUCACCACAUGACCACAGAAUAACACUCAUGCCACCUUCGUCACUUUGUUAUUUUACUACCAUCAACAACGACGAUAAUGAUUGCAACUCGUCGAUUUACUUCGAAUGUUUCAAAUCAAUUUCGCGCAUUGAUUACUGGUGCUCCGGGUUCUGGAAAAGGAACAAUCUCCUCGAGAAUUGCUACAGAUUUUGAUUUGGUUCAUAUUUCGAGUGGAGAUGUUCUUCGAAGACAUGUUAAACAAGGGACUGAACUUGGUCACAAAGCCAAGGCAUACAUUGAUAAUGGCACUUUAGUACCUGAUGAUCUCAUGGUAAAUUUAAUGACAAAUGAAAUAAAAAGAAUUUCCAAAACACGUUGGUUACUCGAUGGGUUUCCAAGAACGAUUGAGCAAGCAAAACAAUUACAUAAAAAGCAGAAAUUUGAUGUAGUCGUCAAUCUCGACGUACCAUUUAGUGAAAUUAAAAGAAGAAUUCAGCAACGAUAUGUACAUCUUAGUAGUGGACGCGUGUAUCAUUUAGAGUGGAAUCCUCCAAAAAACGCUGGUAUGGAUGAUGUUACUGGAGAACCAUUGACUCAGAGAGAUGAUGAUAAGCCUGAGACUGUGGCAUCCAGAUUAAACAUCUUUCAAUCUCAAAUGGCUCCAGUGUUGGCAUUUUAUAAGGAUCUGGGAAUUCUGCAAACAUUUACUGGCACUGAAUCAGAUGUUAUUUAUCCAGAAAUAAAAGCAUAUCUUUUGGGUUAUUUACAAUCAAAAUGAUGGUCAUUUGACUGAAUAGCUUGUCUUUAAAAUAAAUUUGUAAGUUGUGCUUAGUACUAGGCAUAUACUUUGUCAAGUACAUGGGCAUCAAUUCAACAUUAAUUGAGGGAGACCAUAUUCAUAUAUUCUGUUAUGUAUAUCAGGCUAAUUUCUUUUGAAAGCAAAAAUGUUUUUGAAAGAAAUUUAAUUGGCAGGCAAUGCUGAAUACAUGGAUAUGGUCAUCCCCUCCCCAUUAACUUAAUUAGGAAUUGAUGCCAUUGGGUCGGGUAGCACUAGUCAUAUUAACAUAUAAAAACAACACUUGGUAUGAUUUGUUACUGAAGAGUCUUUUCUGGAAAGUUGUUGAACAAUUUUUCAUUAACAUUUUGUAAUCAAAUACAUUUAUAGAAUUAUGUAAUGCUUAUUAUUAGAAUCAUUAUAUUUAUAUGAAGGAUA